ACAAUCUCGCGCCGAAGAAACUUGUCCCGCGUAUUCCAUUUCGCUCUUCACUCUUUGACUCUUCAGUCGCCAAAAGCCUCUGCCGUAGACAAAGCAAGGAGCUCUUUGAUUCCUGCACAAUCGGCCGCUGUAUUUUCGAUUAUAUUGAAGCAGGCACGGAAAAGGAUCGGAUUAUUUGGUUGUGGUUUGGCAUAAAAGGCUAAAAUGAGCAGCUCGAGGGAGGAAUCUCCGGAUUGGUUGCGUUCUUUCCAGGUGCCAUCUCACUCAGUGCUGCCAGUAUCAUCUGAUUCUCAGUCUUCACUAAAAGAUAGUCCUUCAAGGGAGGACAUAGUUGAUAUUGAGGAGCCAUCUCCAAGUAAAUCAUCUAAAAUUACCAAGAAAGGCAAGAAUCAAGCUAUAACUCUUGGUGAAAGUGGUGCAGGGUCUACAUCCAACAAGCCAUCAAAAGCAAAGUCUCCGAAAAAAAGGCUGAGAGUAGAAGACCAAACACCUCAGCAAAAGAAGAAUACAGCCAACAAAAAGAGAAAAACAGGGGAGGAGAGUGACAGGACUGUUGCCAAGGAAGUAACACUUGAGAAGAAUAUAGAGCCUCAUGAACCCAAUGAUUCAGUUUGGAUGUUAUCAUCAGAUUCUGAGUCAGGUCGUGAUAAUAGCCCUGUAAUGGAGGACAAUAUUCAUCAUGCAGAAUCUUCUGACCGAAAAACAUCUGAGUUCGAAGGGGGAGCAAAGGGUGAUGAUGUCGUUCUUAUUGGCAGUGAUUUAGAGUCUCCAUCUAAGAAGGCUUCAAAAGAAAAAUCGUCGAGGAAACGGCUGAAAGUAGAAAACACACCAGUCAAAGAGGAAAAAAUAAAUGAGAGCAUGGAAAGAAAAGGAAAUGUUGACAAUGUGGAAGUUGCAGAGGAAGAAACAUCUGACAAGCAUAUUGAACGUCAUGCCUCCUCCUCAAGGUUGCCGUUGGUGCUCUCUGAGAAAGUCCACCGCUCAAAGGCACUCGUUGAAUGUGAAGGGGAUUCCAUAGAUUUGAGUGGUGAUAUGGGCGCUGUAGGACGAAUAGUAAUUUCAGAUGCCCCAUCAGGAAAUCAUGAAAUGUAUAUAGAUUUAAAAGGAACCAUAUACAAAACAAGUAUAGUUCCUUCCAGGACAUUUUGCAUUGUUAGCUUUGGUCAGUCAGAGGCAAAGAUAGAGGCUAUCAUGAAUGACUUCAUUCAGCUUAAACCACAGUCUAACGUAUAUGAAGCUGAAACUAUGGUUGAAGGGACACUAGAAGGUUUCUCAUUUGAUUCAGAAGAUGAAGCUGACAAGAUGCCUAAAGCCAUUUCUCAUCAAAAUGAAGACGCUGAAGAACAGACUAAUGGGAAAACCAAAGGGAAAGCUGAGAAAACAUCAGGAAUUGCACGGAAGAGAAGUAAAACUGCGGGAGGAAAGCCACAAGCACCAAAGAGAGUAAGAAAGAAAAAUCAAGUUUCAAAGAAAGCCAAAACCAAGAAAUAAGAGAACAAAAUGCAUGUUUACAAUUGCUAGUACACGCCAUUAAAUAUAUACCACUUGUGACCAAAUAUUUUUUUUUCUUAUA